AUUAGUCGUCCAUUGCGAAGCAAGUUUGUACGUGACUACGUCAUCGUCAUAAAAAACACCCUUUUCCUGACUUUGAAAUUUGAGUCCAUACAUCGAAAAUUCUGUACUAGUUGUAGGACAGUUUUCAAAGUAACGAGAAGUAUCAGUUGUCACAUAUACUGUAGUUUAUUAUGUUUAAAAUUCUAAAUAAUAUUAGAUGUGACUAAGCCUAACGUCCCUAUCAAUCAGCUUUAACUGUAUAAGUUUAACUUCUAUUUCUAAGUUUUACUAAAUUUAAAAAGUACAAAGUAAGCUGUAUUACCUCCAGAUUUUCAACAAAAUUCUGUUGGAACCAACCAGGUGAUAGGAGUCCAUGAUUUAGAAAUAACGAAGAAGAAAACAUACUCCUAAAUAAGGAUAUCUUGAAGAUCAUAUACUAUAAGCAGUUUUUACAAGUGGGCAUGAGUUUAAAGUCAAGAUUAUAUGUGAAAAUAAAAGAUGACUAGAAGUCCUUAGAAUUUGAAAGAAGUGAUCAAGUUUCCCAUGUAAAAGUUUUUAUACAAGAAUUAGGAAAAAAGAAAGUAUUGAAGAAACAAAUUCUGGCACAUAUUAAAGAAAAAACGAGAACAUGAUUCAGCCUGAAUAAACCUGCUAUACAGGUUUUAGUGAAGCAGCUUUAGCAAUUUGCCUCUACUCAUACAUAAGUCAGAGUUUUUAAAUAAAAACUGAAAAUGUUAGAAAACAGUUGUUGCAUUGGUAAUCAAUUAAAUUAUGACAUGAAACAAAAUUAAUAAUAGCAGAAACUAGUAGAACUAGAAGAAAUUUGAUUGAAAAAGCAUCUAAUGUUAAUAGUUAUGAGAAACUGGAAAUGAAGAAAAAAUUAUCACUUGACAAGUUUUCCAAAGUAGUAAGCCAUAUGUAUGGGUUAAAAAAAAACACAAAUUUUGAAAGUUUACAAGAUCAAAACCUCGACAAACCACGUUUUAAAAGAGUGGCUAGUCUAAAUGCCUUGGCAAAAGUUCAUGUUCUUUAUGAAAAUGAUAGUUCCAAAACAACUGAUCAUUACUUGUAUAAAGAGAAAAGAGAUUUAGAGAAGAAAAAUGAAAGUAACAUUAAAAAAAUGCAAACAGCAUUCAGAUUUAAAAACAAAAUCAAACAAAGAAAUAAUCCAAGGAUCUCGGAAACCUCAUUGAAGUGUAAGAAACGGAAUACUGUACAGGUAGAAGGACAAGUCUUUAAUACUAAAACCUGUAAACGUAUAGCUAAGCUCAAUGCAAGAGCCAUUUUGGCUGCAUGUUCUUCUCCUCUUUACACUUGCAGAGAAAAGAAAAUCAAACAUCAGAUAGGUCAGCAAGAAGUAAAAAAUUCUGUUAAUGAACAAAAGAAAAAUUUUCAGGAAAGUUAUGUUGAGAGUCAUCUUAAUAAACAGUCAGUACAUAAUGAUCAUUUGUGCACUGCCACAAGAAAAACUAAAGUUAGUAUAUCCCAACAAACUUCUAUACCAGAAAAGGAAACAAUUCAAGCAAAAAUAUUUGAAAAAGUUAAUGAAAAAGCUGUUGCUGAAGGAAUGCAAGAAUAUGCUGAACACAAACACAAGGAAAAUAACUUUCAGGAAGCAUUCAUAGCUGAUAAAAGAAACCAAACAGUUGACAACAUAAUUUCAAACAAUUCAUCAGUUUUAUCAACACAUGUGGCUGUCACUGAGUCUCAGAUCAGUGCAACUAGUACAGAAAUUGCCAGUUUUUCAUUGAAUAGUGAAGUUGAAGAGGAUCUAGGUAUUGCAUAUUCAAAGUCCUUGGAGCCAGAAGAACCUAGCUACUGCCCCAGCCCUCAAAUAUUAACCAGUGGAACCUGUAACUCUCCCAGUUUUGAGACAGAUGUUUCUCCCUCAAAGGAUUUGAGUAUCUUUUCAAGUAACUCUCCGCUCUCAUUGGAAGAUAACAUUCAUACAGAAAAUGAGCCUGAAAUAUCUGUGGUUUGUGUAGUUUCCAAACGUCACUCAGCUACUGAUCACUAUCGAACUUUAAGAACAGAUUGUCAAUCUAAAACAGAGAAAGCAUCUACCCAUGAGAACACAUUAAAUAAUCCCAAUUUUGAACAUACUCCAGUAGUGUCAUACUUUAAUGAAGAGCAUAGUGAGUGUUAUCAGCCUGCAGGACCCUUAAUUCAACCCAUCCGUGAUGCACACUUGAUCCACAGACCUGUUCCUCACCAUCCACAUCAGCCCCAUCUGGAUACUUUGCCAGAAGAAUGCUACAGACAAAAACAGGCAUUAGCUUCUUACAUUUGUGAACCAUCAACUCAUAUUAGUAAACCACUAGCUUUGGAACAUGUGAAGCAUCAGCCACUACAAUAUUAUGGAUCUUCCAGCAUUUCGAGGUGUUUUGACCAGGAUUUGAUACAUCGUGACCUCUUUGUCUCUCCACAAAAAAGCAAUUUCUCUAAUUGUCUACUUUCUAGAUUCCCUCAAGGCUACUGUGUCCAUAAACAUUCCGGAGAUAAUUUUUCUUAUACUAAUGAUUAUAGUUCUCAAAAAAGGAUGCCACUUUCUACUUCUUCUUACCAAGAAGACAUAACACCUUUCUUCAGUAGGUCCUUCUGUCCAGUAAGGUUUGCAAUGAAUGAUGUGCCAGACCAUUGUUUAUCAUUCAAUCUUGGACCAUACAGUGUUCAGUCAGUUUCUUCUCCUAGACAUUUAUCAUAUUCCUGUAAUGCUCCCAUAAUAAUUUCAUCUCCUCAUACUCAAUUUGGUCAACAAUCAGUUUGUUCACCAUUAAGUAAAAAUAGAAGUAAAAUUCAUACAUGUACCCAUGGAGGUUACACAACUCCAGUUACAUCUUACAGCUCUUCACAACAUGCUGUAUUUCCAAGAUCCAACCACUAUAUUAAUCAUUCAGUAGAUCAUGUGACAGAAAAUAGAGAUCACAUUGUUCAAUCUUUUUCAAAAAAUAUGCAUAAUGAUAAGUCAUGUACUUCAGCAGAUCAGACUGUUUUCAAUAUUUCAUCUGAUUUUCAUGUGAAACAAGAACAACAGUGUUCAAGAUUUUACCCAAACCAUAAUACUUUAGCAAAGAUCAGCCACAAUAAAUAGUCGGUUAUCAUUGGUGAACCUUUGUUUUUCCCCACAACUUAAGCUUGAACAGAGGAAGUUACAAGGUUCUAAUUUUAUGUGCAUUGCUUAACCAAGAAAAUAUGUUGCAUAUUUUUUAUGUGUUAGAAAAACAAAUAUCAAAGACAAACAGGCAAAGCUCACCAAAGGAAUCACUCUAAAGAAUGCUUAAAUGUUGGCUAUGUUUCAGGUUUUCAGUCCUCUGAAAAGCAUUUUAAAGAUUAUUAAACAAUUACCAAGUUAAUUAGCAACAACAGUGAAAAGAAGAUUCACAAAAAAAUCUGAAGUGACAGCUAAGCAUCAGGAAAUCAACAUAGACAUAUCCUAAAUGACAAGUCUUUCCUUGCAGAUAAUAUAAAAUGAAAGAUAUAGCUGCAUGUGAUUUGUCAGGUAUCUCAUUUGCAAAAGAAUUACAACCUUCUCUGUGCUUGCAACUCAUUAGCCUGAAAGGUUUUUUAAAGCAAGGAAAACAGAGGGUAAUCCCAUUGAAAAACUUGUCUUCUUUACUGUAGGUGUGAAUAAUGUUGAAUUAUAUGAUGCUGUGACAUUUUUGUUUGAGCUACAACAAGUAGUAUCUUUGGUGUAAUUUAUUCUAAAGUUCCAUUCUCUUAGCUUUCUUAUGGAUGGUGAUAACAAAAUAGUUUGUGUUUUAAUUUAAUUCUUCACCUUGCCAGCUUUAUUGUAGAAGCUGGUUAUGAUAAUAUAAUUUCUGUUUUAAUUUCUAAUAUAUGGGACAAGCAGUGUAGUUUUUGUAUAAUAUGACAAGCGUACGAUUUUUCCCUUUAACAUUGUUAUUCUUUAAUUCACAAGUUUUUCGUUGGCAUUUCAUCAGCAUGCUUCAGACAUUUGUUUUUCAAUUAACCUACGGUAACUCAUUUAAGAACAGUUAUACUCUUGGAACAAAUGGAAUAUCGCAUCAAUCAUGAAACACCAAUACUAUGAAUAUUUUGGUAACAAGAUUUAAAAUUAAUAUUUUUAUGAAAGCUGACUAUAUUGCCAUCUGUUGAAGAUUUAGAGAUGAAGAAAUAAAAUACAAGUAAAGUCAAUAUUAUUAUUCACAAUGAAGUUUGUUUGAUGAGUGAAAAUAAUAUUCCAUGAAGUUCACAUUAUCUUUAUUUAGGCAUUUAUCGUGUGUCUCAACCCAACUUAAUUGAUAACCUCUUUUGGUAGUCCCUGUCUUUAACAAUAAUUUGAAUGUCCUCUGAAGUGAUGUGAUGAUCAAUGGAAUGAGCAUGCUCAGCCACAACAAAUGUCUUGGGACUGAAUGGUCUUGUAAUAUUAUGAUUUCUUGCUGUUCUAAACAAUCAAUGUGUAAUGACCUUUUUAUCUGCCCAAUAUACUCCAGAAAAUAGAAAUGUGGUAUUUUGUUUAUAGUAUCAUAAAGCUGAGUUUAUUCCUUUUUAUUUUUCAAACGAGACAGUGUAUUGUGGAGUGUUUGAAUGUUUUAAAGCCUGUUUUGUUAUUUUAUCAGCUUCUGGAAUACAAGGUUUAGCAGUAAACAACGUGACAGUUUAUGAAUUACUAUACAUGCCAGGAAUGAAGGUACUUGGUUGCUUCCAGCUUCUUUUGUAUUUAUGCUCUGAUCAGUUUAUGUAACUUUAUAUAUUUUAUUAUUCUAGUUGGAUAGCCAUCAGUUUUGAAAAUUUCUUAGUGAUUUUACAUCUGUUUCUGCAGAUGUGGAUAUCACAUGUGAUUCAUAUCAUUGUAUUUUUAUAAUUAAGGUAUCCAAAAAUCUGCUUCCACUUCCAUUAUGAACUGUUUUGUGAAUGUCUGUUAUUUAAAAUGACCAUAAGUCUGCUUCAGAUAUUCAAGACUAUAACUUCAGAGAAAAAAUGUUAUAUACAUUUUGCAAACAAAGGUCCUAUUUAUUUUUUAUUUUUGAAAGAGAAUAGUUUCCUAAUGAUAACAUCUUGCCGAAGUUUGGGAAGUUCUUUACAACCUAAGCUGUUUGUGUCAAAAGAAUUUUCAUAACCUGAUUUCAUUCCAAACACACUUCAGAUAUAUUUUCUGUCAUUCUUUCACAUUCAUAUACCUGAACAAGACAGUGCUACCAAAUGAGAAGCUUUAAGGAAUCAGUUUAGAUUCAGAGAUAUGGAAAUGGCCCUAAUAAAAGUCUAAACAAAGAUCAUGGCAGAAAUGAACUCAGUGAUAUAUGUACUCCUCUCAUAAAAAAAAACAAAAAAAACUGUGUUGUGAAUAAUAAUUAUUUAUUUAUUUUUGUUUUUCACCUCAAUUUUCAAUAGAUGGUGGUAUUGCUGACCUUCAUAAAAAUACUCUCUUAAAUUAGUUGCUGGAUGUCCACAGUGGUGUUGUACAAUUUUCUGUUUGUUCUAAGAAUUUCUAAGUUCUUCAUUGAUUAACUGUUGGAUAAGAAAAUUGCUAAAGAAACUCCUCCUUAGCUAUACAGAAGAAGGGCCAAAGGGAAAGCUGAAACUACAAUGAAGAGUAUAUGAUUGUACAUGAAAACUGGUUUUAUCAGGCAAGUUUGAAAUUGCAGCUAACUUCAAGAAAGGUCGUAUGAUUCUGGUUGUCAUCAAAACUGAUGAUUGCUUUUUAUUUGAUAAUAUGCACUGGGCUGUCCCAGCUCCAGUUUUUGACUUGAGUUACCAUUUAUUAUGACCUUUAGUGAUACAAGAGUUGGUGCUGCUACUUGGCUGAAUAGAUUUAUUUUAUAUUACAGUAUACAAUAAUAAUAAUAAUAAACAAGUGUUUUAGCUCAACCUAUUCUUCAAUUUCUAUAUAUAUAAAAAAAAGAUAUUAAAAUUUUUGUGUGUAUGCUUUUGUAGAAUGAUGAGUCAUUAUCUUAGAAAAUAUUUUUCCAGGAACAUCAUGCUAAGGGAGAUGUCAUUAAUGUGAGAGACUCUGUUUCUUUUAUCUGGACCUAGUGAGACAGAUUUGUCAUUUGUUACAAAAAUUGAAUCAUUAAGUGAAGAACCUAACAAUGGUAAGAAUAAGGGGAAGAGACGGUUAAAUUAAGUAGUUAUUUGUUUUUAAUACUUUUUUCUUACUUUAAGUUGCUUAUGUAAUAGGUUUUGCUCAUAAGAUGGACUUAACCUCAGCAUUAUUUUUUAUUAUAAAAAUGUUUUAAGUGUAUUAGAGUACCUCCCCACCAAAUUUGUUUGUUACAAACUCAGUGUUUAACAUUGUACACACAACACAGUUUUAUUGUUUUUUCUGUUUUCUUGUGUUCAAUAUUUAUUUGAGGUGUCCAUUUCGAUUUAAUUACGUAUCUGUUA